AUGAAGGAGCGAACAGUCAACCCAGCGGUCCGCAAGAACAUUGCCCAGGUAUGCUUGAGUCUCCAGGACCGACUCGGUCUUGCCAAGGUCAAGUACCAGCAAGGUCGACUGGGCAUUUCGAAUCCUAAAUAUUUGCACGAUGGCCGCCUCGAUAAACCGUCUGACUCCUCGUCCGUGAUGGCAUACAGCCGCUACGAUACUCCUCUUACGUCCUCGCCAACAAGGAAUGCCACUUUUUCGCACGAACUCCCCAGGUCUGCAAGAAACAAGCACGCGGCCACUUUCAGUUCAGACAUGAUGCAGCCGAUGCUCAAUGCUAGCAGGAAGCGGGUUCGUUCCAAUUCGAUUACAGACAGACCGGCGAAAGCCCCCAGGCUAUCUUGGAAGACGUCCCAUAAUCUACCAGAGUCUUCUCCUGUCGUUGCUCGCCAGCUGCCAAUUUAUUCAAACCACCCUCCCUCUUUCGACGCCCCCGCAUUCUCUUUCCCUGCAAACUCAGACGAAGAGAAUGACCAGGAUCUUCCCCGCAUUCAUAAUGUUAGUUCUUCGAUGGUCAGUUCUUCGCCACCACGAACACCUACGCUGCGGCAAGCUCGCCUGCCAAAGAAUGAUAAAGGCAUGGGCAAUGAGGACGGCGCAGAUCUGUUGCUAUUCCUAGCAAACUCUCCGACACCGGCCAGAGUCAACACCAGACCUCAAAUCAGAGACUUUCCCCCGUCAACUCCUCCCAGUCAAUAUGCUGCUCUGCCUUCGUUGACUCCGACGCCGGGCGGUGGUGUGUUUCCUAAUUUUAGUACUCCAGGCCAACAAUUCAACUUUGCGGAUUUCGUCAAUGUGACGCCUAGUCCAGCCCAGCGUCCCUGGGGUGGACGGACUCCAGGAAGUCUGUCGAAGACGCCACUGCUAAGAACGGCGAGGAAGCCUCUGAAUUUUGACAAUCUUGUUCCUCCCGACCCGAACAGUCCUGUUGGGCGCAGUAAGGAUACUGGACUGGCUCUGCAACUCGGCGAAGAGCUUAGACCAUAG